UCGCGACCAAAAGUGACCUAAAGCAGAGAUUGGAGUCCUCUUCUCACCCCCCUUCGAUCUCUAUAAAUCAGAGCCCUCUCUCCCUUGUGUGAGGGAGAGAGAGAGAGCUUUGGUUGUUUAUAGAAAUGGCGAAGCCUCGAAAGCCGAAGAACGAAGACCAGAAAGCAGACAAUUCAGAAGCAGUGGUUCGUCACCAGAAGCUCUGUCUCUCAAUCGAAAUGGAGCUACAUUUUACCUCUCAUUCCUUUUUUUACACUGAGCUUGAAAUAGCGGUACCAGAUAACGGGGUUGUAGGGCUACAUGCGGAUAAUUUGGCGAUUGAUAGUGUUAUGGUCGACGGAGAGCCUGCAGACUUUGAAGUUUUCCCACAUUGUUUGCAUUUAGAUAGUGAAAAUAGAUGGUGUGCAGUGUCUUCAGCUAUUUCUGCUGCUGAUGCUGCAGGAUCGGUUUAUUUGUCAUCUCUUGAAAGGGAAAUGGUUCCAAAUUUGCUGAUCAUGUGCUCCAAGUCUGUCAAGUCAGCAAGUGAACAGCCAGAGCAACAGAAUUCCUCAGAAGAACCCAAUCAGAAUGUGAAACUGGUUCGAGUUGACUAUUGGGUAGAGAGAGCUGAAACAGGAAUUCAUUUUGACAAUGAUGUUCUACACACUGAUAAUCAGAUAAGGCGUGCACGAUGUUGGUUCCCUUGUAUGGAUGACAGUUCUCAGCGUUGCUGCUAUGAUAUGGAGUUUACAGUUGCCAACAAUUUUGUGGCAGUCAGUACUGGUAACUUACUUUGUCAGGUUUUGAGCACGGAUGGUCCACCCCGUAAAACAUUCGUUUAUAGACUAAAUGUUCCAGUUGCUGCUCAGUGGAUUUCUCUGGCAGUUGCACCAUUUGAAAUCUUUCCUGAUCGCCAUAGCGGUCUUCUGUCAUACAUGUGUUUGCCAGCUCACGUGUCAAAGUUGCAAAAUACUGUGGGAUUUUUUCAUAGUGCAUUCAGCCAUUAUGAAGAGUACCUUUCUGCAUCAUUUCCAUUUGGUUCAUAUACACAAGUGUUUAUUGCUCCUGAGAUGGCAAUAUCAUCAAUGAGUUUGGGAGCCUCCAUGACCAUUUUCAGUUCUCAAGUUCUAUAUGACGAGAAGGUUAUUGAUCAGACCAUAGAGACCAGGAUUAAACUCGCCUUUGCCCUUGCAAGGCAGUGGUUCGGUGUAUAUAUCUCUGCUGAGUCGCCAAAUGAUGAUUGGUUAUUAGAUGGUCUUGCUGGGUUUCUGACUGACUCAUUUGUUAAGCGAUUUCUUGGUAACAAUGAAGCACGCUAUCGGCGAUACAAGGCAAAUUGUGCUGUUUGCAAAGCUGAUGACAGUGGUGCAACUGCUUUAAGCUCCUCUGCUUCUUCUAAGGAUUUGUAUGGAACCCAGUGCAUUGGUUUAUAUGGAAAAAUACGGUCCUGGAAGUCUGUGGCAGUCCUUCAAAUGUUGGAAAAGCAGAUGGGACCUGAGUCUUUCCGUAAAAUUUUGCAGAUAAUUGUUUCUCGGGCUCAAGAAACAACUCGUCCUUUGAGAACUCUUAGUACAAAGGAGUUUCGGCAUUUUGCCAACAAAUUUGGAAAUCUUGAGCGCCCUUUUCUUAAAGAAUUUUUUCAUCGCUGGGUGGGAUCUUGUGGGUGUCCGGUGCUGAGGAUGGGAUUUUCCUAUAACAAACGGAAAAACAUGGUCGAACUGGCCGUCAUGCAGGGAUGCACAGCAACAUCAGACUCAAUUGCAGCAGUUGCUAAUGGUAACGCUGACUCGGAAAACCGAGAAGGUGAUGUUGGCUGGCCCGGAAUGAUGAGCAUAAGGGUUCAUGAACUUGAUGGCAUGUAUGACCAUCCCAUUUUACCAAUGGCUGGAGAAACUUGGCAGCUGCUAGAGAUUCAGUGCCAUUCAAAACUUGCUGCUAAACGCUUUCAAAAGCCUAAAAAGGGUUCCAAACCAGAUGGCUCCGAUGAUAAUGGUGAUGCUGUAUCUACCCUUGACACACGAUCCAAUGUUGAUUCCCCCCUGCUAUGGCUAAGGGCAGACCCAGAAUUGGAGUAUCUUGCUGAAAUUAAUUUCAAUCAACCAGUACAGAUGUGGGUAAAUCAACUGGAGAAGGACAAAGAUGUUGUUGCUCAAGCACAAGCAAUUGCAAUGUUAGAGGGAUUGCCGCAGCUUUCAUUUUCUGUUAUUAAUGCUCUGAAUAAUUUUCUUAGCGACGCAAAGGCCUUCUGGAGAGUCCGGAUUGAGGCAGCAUUUGCAUUAGCUAAUACAGCAACUGAGGAAACUGAUUGGGCUGGCUUACUUCAUCUGAUAAAAUAUUAUAAAAGUCGGAGAUUUGAUGCAAAUAUUGGUCUCCCAAAGGCAAAUGACUUUCAUGAUAUCCCAGAGUAUUUUGUACUUGAGACUAUCCCAAAUGCCAUAGCCAUGGUCAGAGCAGCAGACAAGAAAAGCCCUAGAGAAGCUGUCGAAUUUGUUUUACAACUUUUGAAGUAUAAUGAUAACAAUGGGAAUCCCUAUUCUGACGUGUUCUGGCUUGCUGCCUUAGUGCAGUCCAUCGGAGAACUUAAAUUUGGGCAACAGAGUAUUCCCUUUUUAUCGUCUCUUCUCAAGCGCAUCGAUCGGCUUUUGCAAUUUGACAGGCUUAUGCCAAGCUACAAUGGUAUCUUGAUGAUCAGCUGCAUCCGAACAUUAACUCAAGUCGCACUGAAGCUUUCUGAAUUCAUCCCUCUUGAUCGUGUGAUUGAACUAAUCAAACCAUUUCGGGAUUUAAAGACAAUGUGGCAAGUCAGAAUUGAAGCAAGUGAAGCUCUCCUUGAUCUUGAGUUCCACUGUAAAGGCAUUAAUGUGGCAUUAAUGUUGUUCAUUAAAUACUUAGAAGAAGAGCCAUCCUUGAGAGGGCAGGCGAAGUUGGGUCACCAUGUUACGCGUCUAUGCCAGAUAAGAAGUGGAUCUGAUUCUGAUGACGAUAUAAAGAGUGAAACUCUUGUGUCUUUACUCCGUCUGCUUGAAAGUCCUAUGGCAUUCAACAAUGUUAAUCUUCGACACUAUUUGUUUUGCGUGUUACAAGUCCUUUCAGGAAGGCCCCCGACACUUUACGGAGUCCCAAGAGAUGAAACUAUGCGAAUGGGCCAUGCAGAGACUUGCAGUGAACUGAAAAAUAUUUUUGCAGCUCUUGUUAAGCAAUCAAAGCCUGUGGAGCCUCCCAUGGAUGCCCCUAAUAUAUUACACAUGGAGCCUACUGUGGACAUCUCUAACCCAUCACCAAAUACGUACCAUACUAUGGACAUCCCUGACUUCCCAUGUCCAGACCCUACUGCAGACAUGUCUAACCUAUCACAACCUGAGCCCACUGUGGACAUUAUUAACCUAACACAACCUGAGCCCAAUGUGGACAUUCUUAACGUAUCACAACCUGAGCCCACUGUGGACAUUCUUAACCCAUCACAUCUAGAGCCUACUGCAGAUCCUCUCGUGCAUACUCCUAACUUCUCACAUGACGGUUUAGUUAUUCCGGAAGCUUCCAAGGAAGCUGACACUGUUUCAAACAGUCAUGAGCGGAGGAAACCAGUGGUUAAGAUUCGGGUCAAACAAUCUGUGGCAUCAAGUAGAGCUGAAGAUGUUGAUAAUGCAACGGUUGAAAAAUCUCUAGGCGGGCAUAAUGAUGCUGAUCAUGGGCCGAGCAGUUCUAUUUCUGUGGACGCACCCCAAAGAAAUUUUGUUGAGGCUGUGAGCGUAAGCAAUCAAAAUCUUGAAGAAGUCAACUCGUGUCAUGAUCCUGGUUCCCGGAUGACUGCCAGCAUUGGCAGUGCCAAACUUGCGAGCGGUGAUGAACUCGGAAAGGAACUCCAGUGCACUGCAGACUCUAGCAAAGUUUCCACGCUCCCUCAAACUGAUGAUCGAUCUUCACCAAGUAUCGCAAAGGAUAACGGAGGGACGACUAAAAUGCAAAAAUAUGUUAGUCUUCAAACCCUUUCUGUCACAAGACACGGUGUUGAUAGUGUUUCAUUGGACACUCAUUCGCAUGGGAAGGAGAGAGCAAAGAAGAAAGACAAGGAGAAGAAACGGAAACGGGAUGACCGCAAAGGUCGCCGAGACGAUCCAGAGUAUUUAGAACAGAAACGGUUGAAGAAGGAGAAGAAGCAGAAGAAAAAAGAGAUGGCAAAGGUAUCUUCUUUGGUAGAUUUGCAAAAUACGAAAGGUAAACCCCAAACAAAAUUGGUAAUGUUUGGUGAGGAAGCAAAGAAAGUUGAAUUUGAAACUAGGUUAACAACAAUGGUGAGUCAAGAGGCUAAAUCAUCAUCGGUGGAGAUUCAAGGUAAGGAACAAAUUGUGCAAUUGAAUGCGGGCGACACCGGUGGUGGAUCGAAUUUAGUGACAAAGAUGAUGGAUAGCCGAGCUGACGCAUCGGAAGCAAGUUCUUCCCACAAAUUUCGAAUUAAAAUUAAAAACCGAACGCUCAACAAAUCGUAAUGAAUGCAAUUUUGAGGUCUUAUUGGAAUUGAAACUUCUAAUGAGUUGUAUAUGUUCAUAUUUUUGGGCAUGUGUGUAGAAGUAGGUGGUAGUGUGAGAAACUGCUUGUAUUGAUGGCUAAUAUUAUCAAUCCAAAGGUGAUAUUGUUUCUUGUUGUCUAUUGUUUAA